GCGGGAGCCCGGAAACGGGAGCCGGGAAUCGGGGCGUAACGGUCGCGGACCCGGAGAGAUGGCGGCUGCGGUGUGGUGGUUGCUAGGGGCCGCUCUGCUCUGCCGGAGCGGUGUCCACGGAGCUGCUGGCUUUAUCAAAUCACCACUGUCCAAAAAGAAAUUGGUGGAGGACAGUGUGGAUUUGCACUGCGAAGCGGUUGGCAAUCCCAUCCCAGAGAUCCAGUGGUGGUUUGAAGGCGUCGACCCCAACGAGACCUACUCCCAGCUCUGGGAUGGCGCCCGGCAGGCCCGGGUCCAAAUCAACGCCACGUACAAGCAGCAUUCCACCAGCACCAUCUCCAUCUCCCGCCUGGAGCUCCUCGACUCUGGCACCUACGAGUGCCGGGCCAGCAACGACCCUGACCGCAAUCACUUGUCGAAGCGUCCCAAGGUCAAGUGGGUCCGGUCCCAGGCUAACGUUAUUGUCAUCGAACGGGGUGAAGUUGGACACCAUAUAGUACCUGCUGGCACCAAGAUACAGCUGUUCUGUAACCUGACCCAACCGUCGAUCUCCAUUGAAGGCCACCGUUGGAUGAAGGAAGGCAAAGUGCUGGCGGAGGAUACUACUGAUGCCCUUUCCACCCAAUUUGAGGUCAAUUUAGAGGACGCCCCCGGAGAAUACCACUGCAUCUUCCUCCCAGAGAUAGCCGGGAAGGCCGUGGUCCAAGUGAAAGGUUCUCCGCGGGUGCUGACUGUAAAGAAAUCUGAGCAUGGAAACGAGGGGGACUCGAUCACUCUCGUUUGCAAGAGCAGCUCGUACCCCCCUGUCGAACAGUGGAACUGGUACAAGGAGACCAAGGAGGGGGCUUGGCCCAUUGUGAACGGCACCCAUGAAAGAUUCUUCAUGCAGCACACGGUGAACAAAACGGAGCUGCAUAUCAUCAAGCUGGACCUCGAGGUCGACCCUGGGAAGUACUACUGCAACGCUAGCAACAGCGACGGGACCUCGGGCCUCAUCCUGACUCUGCGGGUCCGCAGCCGCCUGGCCGCCCUCUGGCCUUUCCUGGGCAUCGUGGCCGAGGUGCUCAUUCUGGUCACCAUCAUCUUUAUCUAUGAGAAGAAGAGAAAGCCGGACGAGGUCCUGGACGAUGAUGAUGGAGGAUCUGCCCCGCUGAAAAGCAGCGUGCCUGCAAAUGACAAGGAUAAAAACGUACGUCAGAGAAAUGCCACCUAGGCAAGAGGUGACUUCAGCUGAAGAGCUCACCCAGAGGGAUGCGUGUAUGUGGGUGUGUGGGUGUGUGUUGGUUUGCAAUGUAGCACAGAAAAUACACCAGUGUACCUUGCAAAA